CUCCGCUGGUGGCUCGGCUCCGAGUCGCGCCGCCCGAGACCUUCGCGGACAGUCUGAUAAGAUUGGCAGACGAGGCGAGAUCAAGACUUCGCGUGGCUCAGCUUUCCCCACUUCUCCGCACCUCCUUCACACCAUGUCCACUUCAGCACUCGAAGAGAAGCCCUUUGUGACCAUGGCUUCAUCGACAUCUACUCCUUCAACUCAACUCCCUCUUUCCAACAUCUCAAGGCUCAUGAAGGCGUCCUUGCCCGCUUCUUCGCCCUCCUUAAAGCUCUCCUCGCCUACGAAGACGAUGAUGCAGGACAUUGUUUCUGAAUUCAUUCUGUUCGUCACAGCAGAAGCUCAAGAGAGAGCAGAAGCUCAGCGGAGGAGUACGCUGAAUGGGGAUGACGUAUUGUACGCGCUCGAGGUUCUCGGCUUCAGAGACUACGAAAGGGUGGGAAAGGUCUGGCUGUCGCGGUAUCGCAUAGCGACGCAACAGAACGAUCAUGCUGCCUCUUCGAGGGCAUCGGGCAAGCGAUCGCGGUCGGACGAAGGGGACGACACAAGCAAGACUAGCAAAGCCAGCAGGAAGUCGUGAUAAGGAUGAGUCUCUGUGAUUGGAGAAUGUGGAUAUUUGAUACCCCUAUGUAUACAUGUAAAGAUCCUUUGGUCGCUCUCACUCGGGGCAAUCUCAGUGCCCGCCGGGCUGCAUGGUGUCGAGCAACUCUCUGAACUGCCCAACGAUCUCCCUCUCCUUCUUCUCCUUCUCCUCGUUCCUCAUCUUCAGCAAAGUCCUCUUCUCUUCUGCACUGAUCACCUGGUUCUCCUUUCUCAUCCUCACUGCAUUCAUCCU